CUUUUACCAGCGAUUAAACUGGGGUAAUCCACCGCUAGUGAAAUUUGGAAAGGAAGACACACAUUGUAUAACUUGUGAUUGUACCAGAGUUCACGUAAUUUCGCAUGAGUUUAACAAUUGAUCUGUGGCAUAGAUGAUAAAAGCACGGUGUGUAGUAAGCACAACUGAGCUAGCGUGAGGUAGCAAACAAGGAUUCCGUAAAGAAAGUAUAUGAACCUGCAAGUGUCGAAAGAAAUGCCGCUAGUUCGUCAUGACAAUUAGAAAAAGUUGUGUUGCUUGGCGAAUAGUUAGUAGAUGUUUCCACGAACAUAGAAAUAUGUCAACCAAUAGCUUAGACAAACAAGAGCCAGAUCUACUCUCUCAUCCGUAUGCUGCAGUAAAAAACAAAUGUGGAAUAACAGAAAUUCCCGUUGCUAUACCAUUCCGAUCAUUCUUCAGUAGGUCAGGAAUUGGUGACAAGAAGAAGGAAUAUGCUGGCAGGAAACUUGUGGGGUAUUCCAUGGAACAAAUGUACACUGUAGUUGCUGAUGUCGAAAACUAUAAGAAAUUUGUUCCCUUUUGCAAAAAAUCAAUUGUGCGGACUAGGGGGCCAGAGCACAUGAGAGCUGAUCUUGUGAUUGGCUUUCCACCUAUCCAAGAGAGUUAUACAUCUAGUAUUACACUUUGCAAACCCUUCCUUGUAAAGGCUGUGGGCAUGGAGGGGAAGUUAUUUAACCACUUAUUGACUGAAUGGAAAUUUAAUCCUGGACUGAAAGGAAAUCCUCAGAGCUGCAUAAUAGAUUUUCUAGUGUCCUUUGAAUUCCGUUCCAUUCUACACUCUCAUCUAGCUCAUGUCUUUUUCAAUGAAGUGGUAAGGCAGAUGGAAGAUGCCUUUCUGCGUGAAGCUACCAAUCGUUUUGGUAAGGCAUCUGUUAAAACCCAGAAAUUGGGUAUCCUGUCAGUUAACUCUUGAUAAUAAUACAUCAUAGUUUGUAAUUCUCUUGUCAAUAGGUAGUAUUUGAGUUGUCUUCUUGCAUAUGUUGGAUGUAAAAAUUGUGAGGCACAUAUUUAAUUCUGAUGACUGCAUUAUUUUAAAUCCUUUGUUAAUAUUUUCAUAAACCAGUAACAGAUUUGUGUAUUUGUUUUGUAUGGAUAUAUAGUUCAGAAGUUGCUAAUAAAUUAUAAUCCAUACAGCAGUGAGGUUCUUGGUUGCAUAAGUUACGACGAUCAAAUUAAGAACACAGAUGGAAUGAGCAUGCAGCAUUCAUAGCAGACAGGAGACCAAUUCUUAGUUGGUAAGAUAAUAUUAAAAUGAAUGUUAGAAAACUGGUGAGCCUAUUAUGACUGAUAUAGGAAUCAAUGGUGACUAUGACAAACAGGAAAAUCCUCCACAAAAUUAGUAUGUAAUUAAAUGUGGGAUUCUGAUCUUCAUUUUUACACGAGGAAUAGUUCAAAACAUGACAUUUAUAAUUCUGGAUAACAUCAGUCUUUAUUAAUUUAUUGUGUUUUGGUUAAGUCUAUAAGAAAUUUCCAUUUAUUUUUAGUUUAAAAAUGCUAUCAAAGCAUCUUACAUUUGGCCACACUGUGAUAUGACAACUGGAAUUUUUGGUUUGUUGUUUGGACCUGUAGGAACGUUUUCUAUUUUCCUCAUCACUAACAGUCCAUCUACGACCCUACCAAACACAACAUGUUUCCCAUCCAAGAAGUUGCACUUUGCACAUGUAAUGAAAAACUGGCACCCGUUUGUAUCUUUACCACUGUUUGCCUGAAAGAGAAAAUGUGCUGAUUAAAAACAAAAAUGUUUCUUUUAAGCAAGAAGCAUUACAUGCUAAGACAUAUUCUGUACCCGGU